AUGCCCCGAGCACGCUGUAGCAACGAGCUCAACGCCAUCCAUUCAACGGCGACCAGACGGGACGAGCGGCCACCUCCGCUUGCCACCAUGGACACGGACGAAUACAGAAAACGGGUUCCCCCUCAGGUCACGCACUGGCAGUCACCUUACAUGCAUGCUUACUUCCCGGCACUCAACUCCUACCCGUCGCUGCUCGGAGACAUGCUUGCAGACGCCAUAAACUGCCUCGGGUUUACUUGGGCGUCGUCGCCCGCCUGCACGGAGCUCGAGAUCGUGGUGAUGGACUGGCUGGCCAAGAUGCUAGGCCUACCCGAGCACUUCCUCCACAGCUACAAGGACUCACCCGGCGGCGGCGUCAUUCAGACCACGGCCUCAGAAGCGACGUUCGUGUGUCUGCUGGCGGCGCGGACGGAGGCCAUACAGAGGUACCAGCAGGAAUACCCCGAUCUGGAGGACGCCGAAAUUAAUUCCCGUCUCGUUGCGUACUGCUCUGAUCAGGCUCACUCAUCGGUGGAAAAAGCCGGACUCAUCGGGCUGGUGAAAAUGCGUUACAUAGAAAGUGAUGAGAACCUGUCCAUGCGUGGUGAUAAGGUCGUCGAAGCCAUUCAAAAUGAUAGGGAAAAAGGCCUUAUUCCCUUCUUUUUGUGCGCCACUUUAGGCACGACUGGUUCCUGCUGCUUCGAUAACUUGCGAGAACUGGGACCCAUUUGUGAACAAGAGGAACUGUGGAUGCACGUGGACGCUGCCUAUGCCGGUACCGCCUUCAUCUGCCCCGAAUUCCGCUACCUGAUGGACGGGAUCGAGUACGCCCACUCCCUCGCCUUCAACCCGUCCAAGUGGAUGAUGGUCCACUUCGACUGCACGGCCAUGUGGGUGAAGAACAGCGGCUCUCUCCACCGCACUUUCAACGUGGAUCCGAUUUACCUCCAGCACGAGAACUCAGGUCUUGCAAUCGACUACAUGCACUGGCAAAUCGGUCUGAGCAAAAGGUUUCGUGCUCUCAAGCUGUGGUUUGUUAUCAGGAGCUUCGGUGUCGCUGGUCUUCAGAAACACAUACGAGAGGGCGUGAGAAUGGCGCAGAAGUUCGAGGUGUUCGUGAAGAGCGACCCGCGGUUCGAAGUUCCGACGCCGCGAUACCUGGGAAUGGUCGUGUUUCGGCUGAAGGGCGAGAAUGAACUCACAGAAAAGUUGCUGAAAAAGAUAAACUCUUCUGGAAAGCUCCAUUGUGUGCCAGCGUCUCUCAAGGGGAAGUAUGUUAUUAGGUUCACGGUGACGUCGACCUACACCACCGUCGAGGACCUCUCCCGCGACUGGGCCAUCAUCCGCGCCACGGCCUCCGAGGUCCUCAGCAAGACGCCCGCAGAAGAACACAAGACGCGCGUGUUCCUAAAAGACACCCGCAAGAAUCCGGAUUUCGGCACGUCCCUCCUCCUCGCCAACUCCCCGAUGUCGCCCAAGAUCGUGAACGGCUCCUUCGCCGCCAUCUUCGACAACAACGACGUUCUCUUCGAGUUCGCCAAGAAACUCCAGCAGCUCAAGUUCGACGUCAAGGAUUCGCCCGGCAAAGCCAUGAGGAGGCGCAUCAAGGGAAUGCUCAUGGCAGGGAAGCAGUACUCCCUCGACUCCCGCAUGGACCUCGUCACGACCCUAGUGAGCUCCGCCCGGCCCGGGGAGAACAUGCCCACCAUGAGGGAAAACAGCGUGGAAAUGCAGGACUUCCAAGAACAGGGCGUGGACACAGCCGUGCAGACGGAGGGCGGCUACAGUCCCUCGCGAGGGAGGUCCCGAAGCGUCGACGACGGCAUCAUCACCCCCGACUUGAAGGCACUGGAACUGGACGAGGCCAUUGCGGAGGCGGAAGGGGAGUCCUCCUCUCCCGAGGGUGAGGUCAACCACAGCUCCCGGACCCUGAAUGGCAACGUGCACUCCAGCAUCUGCCACAAGUGCGGUUCCGCCAUUGCAGCGCAGUGA